CUCCCCUCCAAGGGUUAAAGGAGGCAGCGAGCGAGGAAAGAGAAGACACACAGAUUCACACUCACACUACGUCCAGCCCCUGUUUUUUGCGUGUGCGUGUGUGUGUAAACGCGGGAGACGUGUAGGCGGGGAAGAUGACCCAUCGGGGGUAAACAGGCGAGGAGGUAAACAAACAAUAAACAGCCCCCUCCCCACCAGGGUCCCUUUUUUCCCUUUCCCAAAGGCCGGGAAGAGAUCCCCCCAAAAGACCCUCUGAGAAAUGGGGUCGAAGCAAGCAGAUCGCUGGAGAUGGGCUGGGUGCUGACAAGGGAAGAUCCCCCCCCCCUCCCCAGCCCAUGUCGAUCCCCGCCUCCCCACACCAGAUCGGGCUCGUCUGCACAGAGAAAAAACCUCGAUUUGGAUCAUCCUCCCAAGAAGGAAGCAGCAUUGUUGUCUCCGGAGGGAGAACAUGUAACCAAGUGAGGCCUUCCAUCUGGGACUUCCCGAUGGCCCUUGGACCCAAGUAAUUGCCCUUGGAAGCAGGAUCCCAACCCGCCUUUCCCAGACAUGGAGGUGAAAGGGCAACUGAUCAACUCAUCCAGCUACAGUUCUUCAGAGGCCUUACAGCGGGAUUUCUGUCCCCGAAUUCGGCUAGAGCGGGUGCAAGAACUCCUGGAGAAGCAGCGGGCCCUUCAGCAGGUGCUCAGCCUUCGUCUAAAGGAGUUGCGCCGGGUUUGCCUCCAGGAAGCUGAACUGACGGGAAAGUUGCCUCCGGAGUAUCCACUAGAACCAGGUGAAAGGCUCCAGCCUGUGCGGAGGAGGCCAGGCCUUGCCUACCGGGUCCCCAAUGCCCUGAAGAAUGAAGAAGCACCUUCGCUGGAGGAGCUGACCCGAGAGCUGGCUCUGCAGCAACAAGUGGCCGAAGCAGCCCGACGCCUCGCUGUUGCCCCUGAGUUAACAGCCGACCAGCGUCGCCGCCGGAGGCAGGUCCAGGCCGAUGCUGCCCAGCGCCUUCGGGAGAUCGAGGCUCAGGUGGCAGAGUGCCGGAUGCGGCUAGGCAAAGGGCCGCUUCAGAGGAUCAGCCACGAAGAGGCUUUUCAUUCCGAGAGCAGCUCCCUCUCAGAAUCGGCCAGCCAUGAAAAUGGGGUUUGUGGAUGCUUCUAUCCUGUCCAUUGUGCUCUGUCCUCAGAUGACCCCCACAGCUUCCAUUCUGCAAAGGUCUCCAAUCACCAGGGGCCUUUCCCUGACCGCCCUUCACCCCCCAAGGCCCGAGAUCACCUCCGCGCCAUCUCCAGCAGCCCCGACCGGCGACCGGGAUGGCGGCUUUUUCAGCCGGAUCUGUACAGCGAGGCUAAAGACCGUCGGAACUCGGUUGCCAGCCCGACAAGCCCAAGCCGUACCCUUCCACGGAGCGUGUCCAGCUUUGAGGGCCGGAGCGUUCCAGCCACCCCUGUGCUAGCAAGAAACGCUUGCAGUGGAAGCCACCAGUUCAGAUCUGAGGUCCCUGCUCUCCAUCCUCGCCAGUGGUCCGGCAGCCACGAUUCCCAGCUUGGCCCCCCAAGUCGUGACACCAGCGCUGACCGAGCCUCUCUCUUCGCUGCCCGGACCCGUCGUAGCAAUAGCUCGGAGGCCUUGAUUGAACGGGCCCCUUCGGAGGACCCUCUGUUGCCUGCGGGGCCUCCUUUUAAAAGCGCCGAGGCCCUGGCGCCUUCCGUCUCAGGCCGGAACCCUCGCCCCCCAUACAACGACCUCCUUGUGGACUACUACGUCGAGCGCAGAUGCUGGGGGGCCAGCAGUGCGGGCGGCGGUGAGCAUCUUUCCCGCAGGGAUGGGCCUCCCCAGACAGAGUGGGAGGUCUACCCCAACAGCCCGCUCCAGCGCCGAGCCCGGCCGGCUGCCCGCACUAAAUCCUGCGGCCCGCUCUUGCCCCCCCAGUCUCGAGAGGUUGGUUAUGCGCCUCCGGCGUUGCCCCCUCAACGUAACUUCCACAAAGCCCUGGCUUUGGAGGGGCUCAGGGAUUGGUACUUGCGUAAUGCUGGCAUCGGCCAGCGAGGGGCACCAGAGAGGCGGGGGGCUCCUCAGUCUGUACACCAACUGCGCAACUACUACGAGCCGUCGCCUUCCAACCCGGAGAUGGGCUACUACAGUGGGCCAGGAGGGCUACCCCACUCUGUGAGCUAUGCUGGGCAGCCACUCUAUGGCAGACCUUUUGGGGAGCUGCUUUACAUGGAUGACUCUGCUGGCCCCUACAGCUUGGACUCUACAGAGCACCCCACCCCGGGGACUUUGGUCUGACCCUCGCUUUUCCCCCAAGGGGAAAUGGAGUUUUAUUUCCUUUAAAAAGAAAAUUUCCUCGCUGGUGCCUCUUUUUGUGUGUGUUAUACACCAUGUUCAGGGGGGUGGGUAGUACUCCCUGCUGGCAGGGUGUGUCUGUAUGUGAAUGCCUGCACAGAUGUGAGGGAGAGGGAGUUUGUGGGUAUUUUGUCGAAUGUCACGCUCGACCACACAAUCGGGAGGCAGGAAUGCAUCCCCGGGUCUUCCUACACAUAUUUAAUGUUUUCCCGGUUGGGAUUUGUGGGACGUGUGUUGACCGUAUCUAAACAAAAGGGUUUGGCUCCUGUGGAUUGCGCCUUCUUGGUGACUGCUGGGGAGUGGUGCAAUUUUCUCUCUCUCUCUCACCCUGGUGCUGUGGGUUUAAGGUGUGGCAGUUUAAACCCAAGACUCUGGAAUGUAUCAUUGGAACGAUGUGCGUGUGUGUGUUGUGUAAUGUGAAAUAGCACAGACCUGUCAUCUUGCUAAUAGACAUCAGUCCUGUAAAAAAAUAAUAAACUGGGAGAUAAUAUAUUCUACACAGCUCUUGUUACCCCAACAACGAGUUUCCCCCUUAAAUGUUAUCGCCCCUUCCUACCGCUGAAAGGAAGUAAGGAAAAUAAAUUCUUUGGAAUUAUUCGGAUUUUAAGGAAGUCCUUUGGCUCCAUUCUGCAAGCUGUUUUUAUAUGCCCUGACCUUUUUGUCUAGCGUUGGGUGCAAAGUUAUUGGCUUUGAUGCUUUUCCGCAGGGAACUCCCAGCUUAAGCAUCUGCCCUUUUGCAAUAGCUGCAGGGAAUCCAUGUUAUUUCCAACAAGGUAUCUUUCAAGCAUCUUCAUGCGCAGUUAUGAAAAGUCCACUGGUACAAACUCCUUCUUUAGCAUCCUUUCCCUCCACAUUUGAGUCUUGCCUUGUCUGUCUUU